UGUUAUAUUUCUCUCACUUCCUCACAUUAAUGUGUGUUUGUCACGAGACCCAUAGUGCUGCCAAAUUAUAGUAACUCUCUUUCUCUAUCUGAAGAAGAAGAAGUUCUGAAGAAGCAUGUGUGGAGGUGCUAUCAUCUCAGACUUCAUUGGUGUGAAGCGUGGCCGCAACCUCGCCGCGCAGGAACUGUGGUCCGAGCUUGACCCUUUCUCUGACCUCCUUGGCUUCGACACCACCACCACCACCACCACCAACCAACCACCCCUUCCAGACAAAAAAGUGGUGUCAUCAUGUGAGAAGAAGAAGAAGAAAAGUGUGAGUGCAGAAAAGAAGAGUGGUGGGCGAGCUCGGAAGAACGUGUACAGAGGAAUCAGGCAAAGGCCGUGGGGCAAGUGGGCCGCGGAAAUAAGGGACCCACAUAAGGGCGUCCGCGUCUGGCUCGGCACCUUCCCCACCGCCGAGGAAGCCGCCCGAGCCUACGACGACGCCGCCAAGCGCAUCCGCGGCGACAAGGCCAAGCUCAACUUCCCGGCCACCGCUCCGCCACCCUCCAAAAAACAACGCUGCCUCAGCCCUGACACCACCACCGAACAAAGCAGCAGCUCACAAUCCACCACUGGAUCCACCGGAUCGCCGCCUUCCGCCGCCUUCCACGGCGGAGGAGAUGAACUCGACCUGAAACAACUUGAACGGUUUCUAGGGUUGGACAACAUGGGUGCUGAGUGGGACAACAUGGAUGACCUGUGGAUGCUGGACGACGUCGUUGUGCCCAACCGUCACUUAAUUUACUAGAAGGGAGAUAAUUAAUUAAUUAAUAAAUGGCGUUUUCUUAAGUUAUAGUUUUAUAAAACUAUGUUGGUGUAUGUGUUCUUAGUUUUCUGUUUUGUCUUGUCCUCUCGCUUUGGUAAUUUCUGUUUUGUACGGUCGAAUGAUUUCAAAAUUAUGUGCAACGUAUCAUGAGAGGGAUGAUUAUAUGUUAUGAUUAUGAUUAUAAAUAAAGGCCAAUUAGGGUGUGUUAGCGUUUGGGUCGUGCAUGUUUAUAUGUAGUUUAUGCGUUGUAUAUAAUAUAUUUGGCAUGACAUUAUUUGGUUCUACUUGUUAAGCAAAUAUUAUAUAGUAUGGUUCUACU